UUCCAAAGACAGAGAAUGUUGAAGAUGCUGCAGCCUUUAACAUAAACUUAAUCAAGUACCCUUGUAAUGAUUUCCGAAAACCAAGCACAGAAAUAAAGAUCAAUAGGAAAGCUGCAUUUGGAACUACAACUCUUGUCUUAACAGAUCUUGGUAACAAAGCUGUUUUGAGAAAUGAUUCCCAAAUAUCUGAUGGACGCUCUCAGUGUGUUACUCCAAAAAGCAAUUGUAAACAAAUCCAAAACAAUGUCUACCAGUCAGGAGGAUGCACAGACAAGGACUGCUCAACACACGUAACUGCUGUGGCUUUGUCCUCUCAGCAACCUCUGUCUUUCAAACACGUACAGAAGAAAAUGAAAACUGAUAAUCUACCCUCUAUUCACCAAUAUAAUCUAGCAAUCAGCAAACCGCAAGCUAUUAUGACAGAUGAUAUUCGUGUGUUAAGCAUGGGCCAUCCUCGCUGCAGUAAACACAGCCGACUCUGCAGCCUCAGAGUUGUAAGAAAGGAUGGAGAAAACAAGGGCAGGCAGUUUUAUACCUGUCCUCUACCCAGAGAAACUCGGUGUGACUACUUCCAAUGGGCUGACUUGAAUUUUCCAUUUUGUAACCAUGGCAAGCGAUGUGUUAUGAAGACUGUGUUGAAGAUUGGUCCAAAUAAUGGAAAGAACUUUUUUGUGUGCUCUCUUGGGAAGGAAAAACAGUGUGACUUUUUCCAAUGGGCAGAAAAUGGGCCAGGUAUGCAGGUUAUUCCUUGA